AGGGGCUCUGCACAUCCCAUCAUGGCGCUCAGGCGGCGGACGCUGCUGCUACUGCUGCUGCCGAUGCUCGGCUAUCGAAUCUUGGCCGUGGAGCUGACGUCCAGCAACACGAAGCCCGUGGUGCAGGAAUUUCAGCGUGUGGAGCUGUCCUGCAUCAUUAAAUCCACCACAACACCCAAUCCCAGGAUCGAGUGGAAGAAAAUCAAAGGCGGUGAAACCUCCUAUGUGUUUUUUGACAGUAAAAUGCAGGGAGACUUUGUAACUCGUGCAGAAAUUCUCAGCCGGACAUCGCUGGUGAUCAAAAACACCACCCGCAUGGAUACUGCCACCUACCGUUGCGAAGUGGCAGCGCCUGACGAUGCAAACAUAGUAGAUGAGAUAAACAUCCAGCUUACAGUGCAAGUAAAGCCAGUCACUCCCAGGUGCAGAGUCCCUAAAGCUGUGCCAGUGGGCAAGACAGCGACCCUUCACUGCCACGAGAACGAAGGCUACCCAGAGUCCACCUACAGCUGGUACCGCAACAGUGAACCCUUACCGACCGACUCCAAAUCUAACCCCAAAUUCCAUAAUUCCUCCUUCAUCUUGAACCCUGGAACAGGCACUUUGGUCUUCGCAGCCGUGCACAAGGGUGACACUGGCCGUUACUACUGCAUAGCAACAAACGAUGCCGGCUCCGCCAAGUGUGAGGAGCAGGAGAUGGAAAUCUAUGAUCUUAAUAUUGGUGGGAUUGUCGGUGGAGUCCUAGUGGUCGUGGUGGUUCUGGUGUUGAUAACGCUUGGUAUCUGUUGUGCCUACAGAAGGGGUUACUUUGUGAACAGCAAACAGACUGGUAAAAGCUACAAGACUCCAGCAAAACCAGAGGGUGUUAAUUAUAUCCAGACAGACGACGAGGGUGACUUCAGACACAAAUCGUCAUUUGUUAUCUGAGAUGCCAAAAGGAUAUUGCAAAGCAGCCAGAACAAGUAUGGAAAUACAUCCUCCAGGACCUCAAAGCAAGAGCAAAAAGAUGAACAAAGUGCGCUUGGAAGAGUUUAGAAACACACAAACUUGACUUUCUUUUGCCAAAGUUAACAACACUCACUCCGAACCAGUCUUCUUCCUCCCCCAGAGAUAUCACCUGGACCACUUACAUCUCUCCUCGCACUAUGGGGGAGCUGUUACCCUUUCCAAGACUGAGCAUUCCCCUCCACAGCCAUAGCCUUCUGAGCUACAGAUGCUCAUGGAAUUGCCUUCUCCCGGUGGUGCAGAUACACAGCCAGAAUGUCCAAGCCAAACAGGGGAGAAGCUUUAGGUAAAUGGGCAUCUUGACCUGAUAGACAAAAGGUGCUGAUGUGGCAAUAGAUUCUAAAUAAGAUUUAUCCACAAAAGGGGAGAACCUUCCGCUUAGCUGCGCAGUGCCUGAGCCUGGCUGGCAACCUUUACAGUUGUAACUGUACUCUCUUGCCAACUACGCAAGUGAGGGUUUCCUGCCCUUCGUAUCAUUUUAUCUUUAAAGGUCUGCUAGGCUGAGCUGAUAGAACUGCUAUCACAUCAAUCCUGCAGAGCCCCUCCUGAGCAUGAGCCAUGCAGGCUACUGAUCUCACUAGCUGGCCCCUGUUGAGCAUGUAGCAUUGGCCUCGAAUGUUUGAUUUUGAUGGACUUUAGGAACCCCAAUCAGGAUUUGGUUCUGCAGGUGCAGAACCAGAAUCUGAGUCAAACCCACAGUGAUGGGUGGAGAUAUAGUACAAGCAACUAACUAGUUUAAAUUUCACAGCCCUUUUGCCAGCAGCGGUGAAUUCUGUUUUUUUCCACCUGUACAGCAUCAAUCCAAAAGGAUGGCUUUUGUUCAGUUUUACAUAAAAUACUCACUGUAUGCAGGUAACUUUUAACUCUAAUUUGCACAAAGCAGGCUUGCCUGCUGUGUAGCUAUUUAAAUAUUUGUAAGAUUCUGGAUACUGGAGGCAGAGAAUCUUAGCAUUAAGAUAUCCCUUUUAUAAAAUGUAAAGCCAAAACCACGCUCAUGGGCUGAUUCCCACAAUGGUACUGAGAUGAUUUCAAGCUUUUCUACAGACCCGGUUGAUUUUGUAGAAUUCUGCAUUCUAAAUUUUUGCAAAGAUGUAUUUUGAUUACUUCAGCGAAGGUAACAUUUCUAUUUAAAAUGUAAAUAUGUUGUUAUGCCAACAGUGUUAAAUAAUGUAGCUAUUUUUUUAAAAACAAGUCUUUUUUAAACUGCAGCCAGGAGCUCAGAUGCUGCUACAGCAUGGCACUGUCAGAGCAUAUCAGUAUUAUUGCAGAGUGUAGCACAAGCAACUUUACAAACUGUGUACAGAGAAGCAGCCUCUUUCUCCCAAGCUAGUUCAACAUUUUCCUUCCCAAGAGAGGUCUUAUAGGACAUAGAACAGAGAGUCACUCAGGGAUCCUUUUUGUAAGUUUAAGGCGGGAGCUACUCAAUUUUAUAUUUCAAAUUACUAUUUUCUUGCAAAAGACCAAUGCUUAUUUGCAAGAAAUAUCCUGUGAAGGUUUUUGAAUUAAGUUCUGACCAGGUGACAGAGUGACUAAUGGUUGCUGAAGACGAUAAAUCUCUCUGCAAGUUCUCUCAAUUCAUUCUAACUCUGCGGCAGCUACACCAUCUCUUCAGAAUUUUGAGAUUACAUAGCAAGCGGGGAAAACAUCUCUGGAGUUGU